AACCCCGAAAUUUUAAAAAAAUAAUUUUCUCAAAUAUCAAGACUCAGUUAUUAAUUUUUUAUUUUUUAUUUUUUGAAAUUUUCCCCUCACUAUCGCCUUCAAUUGGGUUCUUGAUCCUCAUUCCCCACCAAGGUAGUGUUGUCUGUGUAUAUUCGAGUGCCCUUCAUUUUAGACACUUUUUACAUUUUUUUUCUUCUUAUUCUCUUUUCCAGUUUCUUUUUGUUUUCCUCCUUUUAAUCUGAAAAUAUGAAUCCGAACUGGGAGCUGACGAAUUGCUGUCAGCAUGAACAAGUCCGUUUUCUAGCAACCAUUGGUAUCUUCACCGUUGUUAUCCUUGCUUUAUGGAGGACAUUUUUGCUGACACCUUUCAAGCUCAUCACUGUAUUUCUUCAUGAAGCAAGCCACGCAAUUGCGUGCAAGCUUACAUGUGGUGAGGUUGAGGGCAUUCAAGUUCAUGCUAAUGAAGGUGGCAUGACUCAAACACGUGGUGGUGUAUAUUGGUUGAUCUUACCGGCUGGAUACCUUGGUUCAUCGUUUUGGGGUAUGGCUCUCAUACUUGCUUCGACAAACCUUCUCACCUCAAGAAUUGCUGCUGGUUGUCUUAUCCUUUCCCUUCUUAUUGUGCUCUUCAUUGCAAAAAAUUGGACUCUACGAGGGCUUUGUAUUGGAUUUAUUGUUUUUCUUGCUGUCGUAUGGGUUCUUCAAGAAACAACCAAAGUUCGUAUCCUUCACUACAUAAUUCUCUUCAUUGGUGUUAUGAAUAGUCUGUUUUCCAUCUACGAUAUAUACGAUGAUUUGAUAUCUCGAAGGGUUCACUCAAGUGAUGCUGAGAAAUUUGCAGAACUUUGCCCAUGUUGUACAGGAGUUGGUUGGGGAGUUAUCUGGGGAAUGAUAUCCUUAUUGUUUCUCUCUGCAUCGAUAUAUCUUGGACUCGUCAUUUUGUCCUGAGGGUUGAAAUAGUGGAGUUGGCCAAUUGAGGAGUUGCUACAACAUCAUCUAUAACUCCACAACCACAACAAUCAAAUUCAUUUUUUGGCUGCAGGAUCAACAACACUACUACCCUUAUGGGGCACAUUGUUUUGAUCCUCAAGCUUUGCAUUCUAACAAAAUUGAAUUAUUUUGGUUCCAAUUUAGCCAACAGUUAGAUUUUCAGGAAACUGCCGUCUUCCAGAUUGUAUUAUUCAAAACUUACAUAUGAUUCAAUGCCAAAAGUGGUUUCACUAA